AUGCCUCGGACCUUUGGAGGUGACGGAGUCCCACCUCUAACUGACAAACCAGGGACUCCUAAGAUACGACUUGGCAAACAAAUGUUAAUGAGGUGGGGAGCUAUUAAUAUCAAUGGGGGCUACUCUGGGAAGAAGGUAGAGCUGGCAGAGGCUGCAAGUAAGAUGGGGCUGGACGUUUUAGCUGUUAGUGACAUUCGGGUAAAGGGUGAGAAAGAAGAGGAAGUGGGAGAAUACAAGGUCUACCUGUCAGGAGUCAAAGCAGGAAUAGCACAAUGGGGUGUAGGGCUUUACAUCAGGAAAGAAAUGGAACCCAGCGUAGUUGCAAUAAGGUGGUCGCAGGGCCUGGUGUUCCACCAGGCGCUGGUGGACUGCGCGCGCGCCGCCAUCCUGCUGCCGCUGGCCGUCAGCAUCCUGCGCUGCCAGCCGGUGCACAAGUGCUCCCUGGUCGAGACGGCCUUCCUGCUGCUCGUCACCGUCUCCACCGUCAACAUGCUCACCACCGUGCUCAACGACUCCCCCGUCUUUCCGCAGGAUGACGAGACGGAGGAGCAGAGCCCGCUGCUGAUGGACUCGCCGCAGUGCGUGCUGUUCGGCACGUUCAUGAUCUGGUUCGCGUCGAUCACGAUCAACCUGGGCCCCACGUUCCUGAGCGGCGCGCUGGCCGCCAGCGCCGAGGUGAGCCACAACGCGCCCAGCUGCCCCCUGGUGCACGGGCCCUUCCGCCACUACGUGCUCAACGUGCUCUGGAUCGCCGUCAACGUCGUCUGCGUCCUGCUCACGCUCUUCCACCUGCACAAGCUGCACCGCGACCUCACCAAGGCCAACGUGCAGGCUGUGAGGGUGGCGGGCCUGGUGACGACGCUGGUGAGCGUGACCGGGGGCAGCGGCGGCGGAGCCACGGCGGCGGCGACGGGCCUGCCGGGGGCGGUGGGGGCGGGUGCCAUGUCCCGCGGCCUGCCCCCGGGGGCGGCGGCCGGCGAGAAGCUCGGGGGCGGCGCGCUGGCCGAGAGCCGGCGCAUGCGCAACUACCUGCAGCGCGUGGAGCGCGAGGGCGUGCAGCGCGUCAAGAUGUUCCUCGUCAUCACGGCCGCCUACGUCGUCUUCUGGGGGCCGCUCUUCCUCGUCACGCUCGUCCACCGGCCCGCGCUCGGCUCGCAGCUCGGCUACGAGAUCACGCUGCACGUGGCCUACGUGCACGCCUUCGUGCAGCCGACGCUGUUCCUCGUGCUGCACCACGGCCUCCGCCAGGCGGCCCUCGAGUCGUGCUGCCGCCCACGAACAACUUUUAUGGGUAGUAGCCAGAACACACCACGACAACGCAUGCUGUGCAAAGAUAACGCCGCAGCAGAUGACCACAUGGAUUGA